CAAGCUUUUCCCGAGAUGACAGGAGCAAGAUACAGUGACAGCACUGUUGUUGUCCCUAAAGUGUCCGUUGAAGGCAUCGCGACGGUUACUCCGACGAGGAUGACCGAUCCACGACAGACACGACGGGUGUUAACGUGGGAUCAUGUCGGUUUAGGGAUUUUCCGGAGGUGCUUCAACGUGGUCCAAUACUACAUGAAGGAAAAGAAAGAAGAUUCAGGCUGGCUAGUUGCCGGGUGGUUUAAAGAAACGCUCGGGAGAGCUUUGUCGGAACAACCGAUGAUUUGUGGUCGUCUUCAAAAAACGGAGCGAAACGAGGGAGGAUUGGAGAUCGUGUCCAAUGAUUCCGGCGUUAGGCUCAUCGAGGCGACGGUUCAGAUGAAUCUAUUGGAGUUUCUUGAUUUGAAGCCAAGGGAAGAGGCCGAAGUUCAGCUUGUGUUUUGGGAAGACAUUGAUGAGCAAAACCCACAAUUCUCUCUACUAUUUUAUGUUCAGGUGACGAAUUUCGAAUGUGGAGGAUACUCCAUUGGAAUUAGCUGCAGCAUUCUUCUGGUAGAUCUUUUGUUAAGGACAAAGUUCCUCGAGACAUGGGCAAACAUUCACAACAAAGUUGUCAACGAGAACAAUGAACGAAAACCACCAUUAUUCUACCUACCGGGACUCAAAAGCACCACCGGAUCCACCGUAAUCAGCUCAAGUACUUCAAACAACAAGCCGGGCAAAACCACGAUCUUCAAGGUCAAUUCCGAAACCCAUAAUCUGGAGAUCGAAUGGUGCAGACGAGUUGCGUUGGCCUGUGUCGAGGAAGCCGACAAGAACGAGAUUGGAACCGAAAUGCCUGUCGAGUUUCUUUUGUUUGUGAAUGAAUCGUUCGAGAGCAUCAAAGCAGAAAGCCGCUCAAAACAUGGGAUGUCGAGGGCUAACGUGGAAGUCUCUUGCGAAAACUGGGAUGGUUUAGGGGCAAACGAUGUUAGUUUCCGACGAGAGAAUAAGCCUGUUCGUGUUUCCUAUUGGUUUCGAUCGAUUUCGGGUCAUAUUGUCGUAAUUCCUUCACGGGAGGAGGAUCAGGAUGCAUGCAUGGUGAAUAUCAUCGUCACCGUUCCUAAUGAGAGGUUCUGCGAAAAAUGAUUAUAAUUUAUGUAU